AUGAAUGUGUCCAUGUGGCCCGACAUCUCCAACUUGACUAUGUCAAAGCCAGAGCUAAUCCAUGUUCCGAGGCAGAUGGGCCCACGGGUCAAGUGGCCUCAGAAACAGGUCAAGUGGCCUCGGAAGAUGAAAGCACCUGAUUCUUUCUGGAACCCAAACCGGUGGUACGACUUCCACCAUUACCACGGUCACAAGACGAAAGAUUGUGUCACACUAAGAAUCAAGGUCAAUGAGCUACUAAAGAAAGGACACCUCCGGGAGUUCCUCUCCGAUAAAGCCAAGAACCUCCUCAACAAGGAGACUAACAAUAAAACUCCAGAAACCGCGCCCGCUUCACCUCCAAGACAGGAUAGAGUAAUCCAUGUCAUCUCCAGUGGCUCCGAAGUAAGCGAUGUAAGCCACACAGCUGCUAAGAAGAGCACCCGCAACGCCAAGAAUGGCGAAGAGGAUGGAAGGACCAAGCACCUGCUCUUGGGCACAGAUGAAAUCAGUUUCAUCGCAAAGGAGCAUGAGAGGGUCCCGGCCCCUUACCAAGAUGCUCUAGUCAUAUCUCUCACCGUCGCAAACUACCUAGUAAAUAGGAUCCUGGUAGAUAAUGGAAGCUCCAGCAAUAUUCUCUUCCAAACUGCCUAUCGCGAUCUCGGGCUGGAAUAA